AUGCAAUCCAUUUCAACAUCUUUGAUCAUUGCCGCCGGCAGUGGCAUCUUCGCCAUGGCCUGGGCAGCAGGCAUCGGAAGCUCCCUCACCCUCUUCGCAAUCCCCGCGAUCGUCAACAACGGCGCGCCCGCCGACGUGAUGUGGCGGGGGCUCGCGACAGCCGCCGCGUCGACCAUCUUUAUCAUCCCUUAUACCGUCGCGUUCAUCUUCCCUACCAAUGCGAAGCUGCUGGCGGCCGCGGACGAGAAGAGCAGGGAGAAGACGUUGAGCGUCCAGACGGCGACGGGGCUCAUUCGGAAGUGGGGCCAGCUGAACGUGGUCAGGGUUAUUGUUCCCAUGAUUGGGACGGGGCUGGCGCUGUGGAAUUUCUGCCUGUGA